AUGUACCGCAAACUCAAGAUUCAGACCGAAGUUGACGAAAUCGACAAAGAUAUUGAACUUUUAUCUCGAGUACUCUCUAUCAAACCCGAUGGUCAUGCAGAUCGGGCGCUGUUGCUUAUUCGCCUAGGAAAUUCUUAUGAUAAACGAUUCGACGUCCUAGGACAACUAAAUGACUUACACAAAACAAUUGAAUACAGGAAUGUUGCACGUACCCUAAUUUCGAAUGAUAGCACAGACUUACCUGAGCUACUCAUCGACUUAACAAUAUCUCUAUGUCAGCGGUUUGAGCGCAUAGGCAAAACGGAAGACCUAGACCAAGCCGUCAUAUAUGGGUCCACUGCGAUCACAUUAACGCCUGAAAAUCAUCCAUCUUUAACAAACCGACUCAUUAAUCUGGGCGCGGCACAUAGUUGUCGCUUUGAGCGACUUGGCAACCAGGAAGACCUCGAGAAGGCAAUUGAAUGCGAGUCGCGUGCGGUCGCUUUAACUCCUAACGAUCACCCUCAAUUACCGGGCCGGAUCGCUAACUUGAGCAUAUCCUACAGCCACCGAUUUCGGCGUCUUGGCGAAUUGAGCGAUCUCGAGCAGGCAAUUCAAUAUGGGACCCGUGCUGUCGCAUCUACUUCCGAUGACCAUCCCAGUUUGCCAACUCGACUUGCCAACUUGGGGGCAUCCCAUAGCUAUCGAUUUCAACGUGUGGGUGAGCUAAGUAGCCUUGAAAAAGCUAUCAAACUUGGGUCUCGCUCUGUCGUUUUGACCCCCCACGGUCAUCCUGAUAUGUCACGCCGGCUUGCCAACCUAGGAACAUCUUACACCUACCGAUUCCGGCGCUUAGGUGAAGUGGACGAUCUCGAAAGGGCGAUCAAAUGCGAGCCGACUCGCCAAUCUAGCAGUUCCCUCAACAGUCGAUUUGAGCAUCUGAAUGAGCUGAAUGACCUUGAAAAAGCAAUCAAGUGCGGCUCCCGUGCAGUCUCUUUGACUUCAGAUGAACAUCCAAGCUUACCAGGUCGGCUUGCUAACCUUGGCUCAUUCUACGAGCAUCGAUUUCAACGUCUGAACCAACUGGAUGACCUUGAACGGGCUAUCAAAUACGAGCUUCGCGCAAUCGAUAUGACUCCAAAUGGACAUCCAGACCUUCCAGGCCUACUUGCCAACGCAGGAGCAUCAUAUAGCUCACGAUUUCGGAGAUUGGGUGAACUGAGUGAUCUUGAACAGGCUAUCAAAUACGAAUCUCGUGGGGUCAAUUUGACCAAUAAUGACCAUCCCGAACUUCCAGGCAGGCUGUUCAGUCUAGGUUCGUCAUACCGCUAUCGGUUUGAGCGACUGGGUGAGCUGGGAGACCUCGAGAGGGCGAUUGAGUACCAGUCACGUGCAAUCAACUUGACUCCCGACGGUCAACCUGACUUACCAGAGCGACUUGCCGGCCUAUGCAUAUGCUAUAAUCAGCAGUUUAAGCGCACGGAGGAGCCAUUAGACCUAAAAAAAGCAAUCGAAUACGGUUCUCGGGCAGUCUCCUUGACGCCUGACGGCCACCCUGACUUACCGGGUCGGCUUGAUACACUAGGAUCAUGCUACAUCCGUCGGUUCAAACGACUGGACGAGCUAGACGAUCUCGAGAAGUCAAUUGAUUACCGGCGCCGUGCAAUUGUCUUAACUCCUGAUGAUCAUCAAGAUCUUCCAGCCCGACUUAACAAUCUAGUGGUAUCACUUAAUUAUCGAUUUGAACGACUAGGCGAAUUGGAUGACCUUGAAGCAGCAGUCGAUCGAGGCUCUCGAGCAGUCUCUCUGAUUCCCAAUGACCACCCUGAUUUACCAGCUCUGCUGGCCAAUAUAGGCACAACCCACAGCUAUAGGUUCGGGCGACUGGGGGAGUUGAAUGACCUUGAACAAGCCAUCAAAUUCCAUCAUGAAGCAGUUAUUUUAACGCCUGAUGAUCACCAUGAGCUGCCAGGUCGAUUAGCUAAUCUAGGGGGAUCUUACACCUAUCGGUUUGAGCGAGCGGGUGACCUGAGUGACCUCCAGAAAGGAAUUGAAUACGGGUCUCGAGCAAUUGCUUUGACUCCGGAUGGUCAUCCUGAAAUGCCAUCCCGACUUGCAAAUUUAGGGGUGUGUUAUGAUUAUAGGUUUAAGCAACUCAAUAAUCUGAACGACUUAGAACAUGCGAUAGAAUGCAACUUAUGCGCAGUUGUAUCAACCCCUGAUAAUCAUCCUGCUCUACCAGACUAUCUUGCCAAUUUAGGCACAUCGUACUACUGUCAAUUUCAGCGUCUGGGCGAAAUCGUGGAUGUGUUGAAAGCCAUUGAAUAUGAAUCUCGUGCGGUUGCUUUGAUCCCAGAUGGCCACCCUUACCUGUCGUGGCAACAUUUCAAUUUGGCCAAGGCUUAUCUUAGCCUGUCACAAUACACAGAAGACCCUAAGCACCAGCAGCAAUCUUUGGAUUUUUUUCGUUUGUCUGUUCGAUCGGCGGCGGGUACGCCACGAGACAGGUUUGGAAACGCAUUCAAGUGGGCGAAACAGGCCUCCAGACACAAAUUUCUUCGUCCUCUUGAGGCCUACCAAGCGGCAAUUGACCUUCUCCCUCAGUUUAUAUGGUUGGGAGCCACUACUGCCCAACGUUAUCAAGAUCUAUUGAUGGCGGAGGCGCUUGCUGUUCAGGCAGCCUCCGCUGCAAUCGGCUCUUCAGAACCCGCUUUGGCUCUUGAGUGGCUUGAGCAUGCGCGAUGUGUAGUAUGGAAUCAGAAUCUUAUGCUUCGAUCUCCCCUUGAUAAGCUAAAAUCCGUUGAUCCGUGCCUAGCUAUGCAUCUUCAAGACGUUGCCGAUUCCCUAUAUAGUGCCAGUAUGGAAUCUCGAGAGUCCCGAGCACAAAAGUCAGUCUCGGUGACUCCCGAGCAGGUCGCACAGGAGCAUCGUAGUCUGGCCAAGAAGUACAAUGAGCUGCUAGCUCAAAUUCGUAAGAUGCCAGGAUUUGAAGAUUUCCUUCGACCAAGCAAAGCAAACGUCCUUGUACGAGCCGCGCGGCAUGGACCUGUCGUCGUAAUUAAUUGUUACGAGGACCGUUGCGAUGCACUUGUGGUUUUACCUCAACAAGACAGUGUCCAGCACCUCCCGCUCUCUAAGUUUAGCCGAGACAAAGCCCAAAGUACCCGGGCUGAAAUGGAGUACUUGCUGAGGAGUGACCCAGUAGAAGGUGGUACAAUAAAACGCAGGCCGGUGUCGCUCACACAAGAUAUCGAUUUCGGAAACUUGCUGUCGGAUUUGUGGUACGGUAUCGUCAAACCAGUGCUUGAUCAUUUGGGAUAUUCGAAUGCUACAAAGAGCAAUGUUUCAAUAGCAGCUUUGCCGCAUAUAACCUGGUGCCCGACUGGCAUAUUGUCCUUCCUUCCAUUGCAUGCGGCUGGAGAUUAUGAUCAACCAGAAUCAAGGGUGUUCAACUAUGCUGUCUCUUCAUACACUCCCACUCUUACCGCACUUCUUAACACCAGUCCGAGCACAUUGACUUGCGAUUCUCAAAUUCUCGUGAUUGCACAGGCAGAAACACCGGGUCAGACCAAGCUGCCUGGAACCAUCAAGGAGCUCGCCUGUGUUAAGAAGCACGGACAAAACAAAGUAAACAUUUCAGAGCUCAUAGACAGCCAGGCGACGAAGAUAAAUGUGCUUGAUGCGAUGGCAAAGCAUGAUUGGGUUCAUUUUGCUUGUCAUGCUCAGCAGAACAUCCAUGAUCCAACCAGGAGUGGAUUCUUCUUACAGGACGGCACUCUUGAUCUCGCAUCCAUUAACCAGGGGUCGUUCAAAAAUAAAGGCUUAGCCUUCCUUUCUGCUUGCCAGACUGCGACUGGUGAUGAUAAGCUGCCAGAUGAAGUUAUACACCUCGCGUCGGGUAUGCUGAUGGCGGGAUACUCAAGUGUUAUUGGAACUAUGUGGCCGGUGGCUGAUAACGAUGCAGCGUUCGUGGCUGACAAGGUAUACAGUCAACUAAUGAGAAAUGGAGAAAUUGGGAAUGGAGAAGCGGGCAAAGCACUUCAUAAUGCAAUCGCCGCGUUGCGCGAGGAGAUUGGAGAGAGGGAGUUUGGGAGAUGGGUACUAUUCACUCAUAUUGGUUUGUAG